AUGGAAAAUAUUAGCAAUUUUCUGGAUGCUAUCAAAGCAUAUGGUGUGCCAGAAAUCUCUUGCUUUCAAACUGUUGAUUUGUAUGAAAACAAGCAGUGUUACAAAGUGAUCGAAUGUCUUAGAGCGCUGGCUGCUGUUGUGAGUCACUUUUUAUGCGUUUUCGCUGUGUAG